GGCGGAAACCGGAAGGGGAAAAAACAAUCCCAGUAAAACCCCGCCCUCAGAAAGCCUCAUUUUCCACCCAAAACCCGCCCCGCCCGCCGCCGUGACGCCACGCGCUCCGCCGCUCAGUGCGACGUGUCCCUCGGCCGGCGGCAAUCAUGGAUCAGGUAAUGCAGUUUGUGGAACCCAGCCGUCAGUUUGUAAAAGAUUCCAUACGACUUGUUAAGAGAUGCACCAAGCCUGACAGGAAAGAGUUCCAGAAGAUUGCCAUGGCAACAGCAAUAGGCUUUGCGAUAAUGGGAUUUAUUGGUUUCUUUGUCAAAUUGAUCCAUAUCCCUAUCAACAAUAUAAUUGUAGGUGGCUGAAUGUUCAUCAUGAAGAAGACAGUUGUGACACCUGCUACAAUGAUUUCACAGCUUUCAUUUGUUUGAUAUUAAAAAAGCUUAGUUUGGGUUUUCAAA